AUGCGCAUCUACUACUUCGUACUUGUAGCUUGCGCUGCGACUUUGACAGACGGAACGAACGCGUUGGAGCCAUCCAGCCGUACGAUGACGAAGGCUGAGCUUGAGGCCGCCAUUCGUUCCGCUCACGGUGUCCACGAUGGCGUCGCUAUCAAGAAGCCGCUGGAGGUACACGACCCCAAGACUGGCGAAGAAAGGCUGGCACUUGCGAUGAAUGGCGUUGAAGCGAUCGAAACGGCAUCACACGAGCUGAUCAACGGAUGGCAAGCAAGUGCUCCAGUUGAGGCCUUGGCCUCGCAGUUCAUUCCGAUGCGGGUGCACAUUCGAAAUUCAGUCAAGAAAUUUAUCAAUUUCCGGCGUAAGGUCCCUCGAGAAAACCCCACUAGGCAACGUGUAGCUACUUUGGCGCCGAAGGGAAGAGCAUUCAAGCGAGGCGAUUCGCUUAAAGCGACCCGAGCGUCAGGUCGUGCACGUCCGAAAGCAACGGCGUCGACGGAAGCUAAAACGUCUCCAGUUGACGUGCAUCCUCUCGAGCUCUUCAAGAAGAUGAUUCCCGGAUAUGAGGACGGUAGAAUUCCUACUGCAGCCAUGGUUUACGAGAAGCUGGGGAUUUACAUCGAGAAAUACAACGCGGCAAGACCAGAUACACCACCCGUCAGGAUGUUUCAGACAUUGUACCACGGCUUCGGUGAUUUGGCCAAACUCGCAUCUUUUUUGUCGAUUUUGAAGCUCAAUGGCAUCCAUGCCGAAGAUGCAGAGCUCCUGGAACAGUUGCUAUAUAUAUACUUGAUGCUACGCAGGACGCAGUUCGAUGAAAUUGCUCUGGAUCUGGCAAUCCCAACACAGGGACAGUCUAUCUUAGGACACUACAACCUGGACUUCUUCAUCAGAUACAUCUCGACGGUCAUGGAUGUACUUCCUUCGGAGCAUCAAGAAAUCUCCUCGCUUCUAACGAUGAUGUUUGGGAAGGAGCAAGCUGCAUCCGUGAAGGAGAAAGCAGAAAAGCUGAGCUCGUCCGUAUCAUCUGAACCAUUUUCAAAACGCCUUCAGCCAUUGGAGCUGGAAGAUCUUAAGGCUCAGAUGCUGAAGACGUUGAAAAAUGAGAUCGCAGUCUUGCGUAAGCAGUCAAGACAAGAGCACUGA